AACUUCCCACUAGUCCUGUGGCCUUCACAGAGCAAAGUACCCCCAUCUCCCGGCCACUCUCUCCUGACAUUCCUCCCCUGCUGAUCUUCCAUUUAGGAAACAAAAAAAAAUCCUUUCAAGUUUUCGCAUUGCUUUUUGAAUCUUUUAGUUCUCUUAUUUUUCUGCAGUGCGUUUGUGAAAUGAUUAUGGACCGAUUGACUGAUAAUGUCCUUGUUGGACUCGGGCGUCUGAUCUUCAUCUCGGUUAUUUCGGUCAGCAGACGCUGAGCUGUGUAAAUAGCGCUUUAUCAUCUUGCAGUUCCACCGGCACUUUGCGCUUCUGCUCAGCGCUGCUGAAGUGUGACAUUCAUUAUGAGAACAUAAAAAAAUACUGCAAACGAAAAGCGGCAACCCGGCACGAUUACCUGGGUAUACAGUACAGUAUAUUAUGCCUAAUUCAUGCGAAGGUUGUAUCUAGCUGUCUUCAUGAAAGAAGGGGUAUUAGCUUCAGCUGCAUACAGUAGCUAGGUGGUUAAUUUCCGAACCCACAACUUCCCCCGUUUUGUAAGCGCGUCCUCGCCUUCUGGGCCAUGCGAGCCCGGAGGGAUCAGAGGAGAGACGCAGAGCAGCUCGAUAGUCCGGAGUCAAUUUGUGCGGGGUGGACCGCUGACGUAUGCAGCUGUAGUCCUGUGUCUUUAAAAGCAUGCAAAACAGUUCGGCAUUUCAGAGAAACCGUUACGUACUGUACACAGUAACUCCCUGUACUUCACAAGGAAAGAGGGCAUUUAUCGGAUGUAUAGAAAGUAGGUUUAUUUUCCCCUUCAAACGCCUAAACUGAAUUUCUUCGUUGCUGCUGGUUGAGUGGAUAUUCACAGGCUGUUUCGUCUUAGUAGGUUGAGAAGCUGAGCUUCAGAGAAGCAGAACACUCCCAAGCUGGAUUAAGAACUACACUAUUUUUUAAGAUUUGUCUCCAGAAAUCAUGGGAACCUCAUCCUCUUCAAACACUUCAGCAUUAAGCUUGUGCUUCCAGAAAAACAACCCGCCUUUCAACUACACCUUGCCCAUUGCCUCUCAACACUUCUCGACUGUCUUCACCACACUAGGACUGGCCUCCAACCUGUUCGCCUUUGUGGUGCUGGUCAAGUCCUACCAACGGACACAGAGUCGUUCCCGGUCCUCUUUCCUCAUCUUUCUAGGUAGCCUGGUAGUGACAGACUUUCUGGGUCUCCUGGUAACUGGAUCCAUCGUCAUCUCUUUCCACACUACCCACUUCAACUGGAAAGAGCUGGACCCAGACUGCCAUUUCUGUAACUUCAUGGGCAUUUCCAUGGUCUUCUAUGGAUUGUGUCCCUUACUUUUGGGGGGGACCAUGGCUAUAGAACGCUUUAUGGGCAUCAACCAGCCUUUUUCCCGCCCCACAAACAUGUCCAAGAGGCGUGCCAUGUCCACUGUGCUCGUGGUGUGGGUGUUCGCUGGCUGUAUUGGUCUCCUACCUGUGCUGGGCCUGGGGAGUUACCAUAUGCAAAUUCCUGGGUCCUGGUGUUUCUUCAGCAUCACUUCUGAGCCCUGGGACCUGACCUUCUGCCUCAUCUUCUCCAUGGUGGGGCUGCUGUCCUUGGCAGUUUCCUUCGUCCUGAACACAGUGAGUGUGGUGACGCUCUUCAGGGUGUGCUGCAACCGUGAGUCUGUGCAGCGGCGGAGGGACCAUGAGGUGGAGAUGAUGGUCCAGCUGAUAUGCAUCAUGAUCAUCGCAUCUGUCUGCUGGUGUCCCUUGCUGGUGUUUAUUGCGCAAAAAGUGCUGUCAAAUACCCCCCUCAACAUCUCACGCCUGCUGCUCUGGAUCCGCUUUGCCACUUGGAACCAGAUACUCGACCCCUGGGUCUACAUUCUUUUCAGGAGGGCUGUCCUGCGGCGGGUCUACCCCAAAUUGAACAGGUCUCGGGCCUCCAUCAUGACUUUGUAUCCCAGUUUCACCACUACACUCACAAAACUAACUCGGACAUCCGUGGACAAUUGAUAUGAACUGAUUGAUUUGAACUACAAAACGCAGGAAGAAAGGAGCUCUGUGAAAUUAAUAAGGGGUACAGUAAGAAUGAGUUGUUCUUGUCAAUUAUACCUCCAGUCUUUGCCACCUUGCUUUGCAGUUGGUCUGUAGCCAGUUGGUAUCAGUGUUACAGAUGGCUGCAACUUAUAUGAUGUAUGAUGUAUACCUUAAUGAUACUAAUAUAUAUAUAUGCUUAUGUGGCAUCUAUAUCAAGCACAUCCCCACCUUCAAAGUGUUUGAAGCUUCGGAGAUCAUGCCUCUGGAUGAAUCACUGCUCCAUUUCUUUGUGUUCAGCAGAGGGCUUAUAUAGAGCUUUGUCACACUGCUGGCAGGGCCACAUGUGAAGAGAUACCAUGCAGCUGGGAAGGACUUAAUUUUUCUGACAUGCAACAUGAUGAAAAAUAGAUGUACAGCAUGAUUUUUCUGGGGGGUGCGGGGCUGGGACUUUUAGGAAUUUACUAUAGCACCAUGAAUCUCCAAGGAGUAUUAUGAACACCACUUCAUUAUUACAUAUAACAUUUUUCCCACUGCUCCACAUAACUUUAAAGAGUGUGUUUCAAAAAACAUAAGAUUGUACGUGUCUACGUUUUGCAACAGAUGUUUAACAUGCCUGUCAUUUUUUUCCAUUAAUAAAUUCUUGACAUUUUUACAUUAAAAAGGUUUGACGUUUAUCGCUGUAAGUUUUCAAAGCAUCUUCUCUCCUGCACUGUUUUGCAAUUUAGUGGGUUUUUGCGUACCUUUCUUCUAUUCUUUUUAUCACAGGAAUGCUAAAGAGAAAAAAGAAAUAUAGUACCAUAUAGUGUGUAACUACAGUGGAGAAUUUAAUUUAACUAGAUUGGUGAUAAAGAAGUGGGUAUAGGAUAUAACAUCCAUGAGAGAGUGAGAGGUGGCUUUAAGAGAAAGCCAGCUAUUAAGUAGAACAGCCAGUGUAAAAUGAAGCACACCAGAGCUAAUUUGAAUAAUUGAUAUUCAGAGAGAGUGAGAUUCCACAUGAGGGAGAAGAGCAAAUAGGAUAGUAGUUCAGGUGGGGAGCUGCGUCAGCAUGCGUAGGCUGCAAAGGAACAAGUAAUAGGUUUAUUCCAUGCUGAAAAAAAGAAGAAAGAGAACACAACGUUUCGGCCGUGGAGCCUUCUUCAGGUGUGUCUGUUUGGAACUGGCCACUCCCCCUGGACUAAUGGCAAGUUGUUUAAGAACAUCCUGGAGGAAAAGGGUUUUAGUUUGUGUUAAGCCUCCAGCAUGAAAGGGGGUUGUGUUUGCUAGAGGGGAAGCCUUCAUAGCAAUGGAUAGAGCUGGCUUACAGGCUUGUAGAACUCAAUGAGUUAAGGAGGCCACAGAAACUAUUGUUAGACUAUACUUAGGGCUAUACUUAUCACAGGUUUGGACAGUUGGAUUGUAGUGGGAACUUUGUUCACCAGGCUCAAUGAAGUUGAAAGGCUUUGCUGGGAGAUAUUACUGUCUACAGGAGUAGUGAAGUGCCUGGCAAGGUAGCAGUGUAUUGUCUCUCCAUAGCUCAAAGUGAAAGGAGUCUAGACUGCACAGUUGGAGUUAUGAGUACUCUCUGGCUAGAUUAUCAGCAGACAAGUCUAUGGUCUCUGAGCGGGGGUGGAAACCUGGUGGCUGCUGCUGUCAGGGGUGUGAGUGGUUGCUACUGGGGACAGAGAUGCAUCCCUGGCCAGACAGGAUCAGCUGGUCUACUUAGGAAUGAAAAGAGUGAGAUGUUGUUUGGGAAGAGCAUGCACUUGGGAAAGAUUAGGUUGAAUUAGGUUAACCUUAUUAUAUUAGUGGCAUGUGAUAAAGGUAUUGAAGUGAUAAGGGAACAUGGUCAGGUAGAAUACUCCACUGCCUGACUAGGUUACUGAAUGCUGAUUAGUGAAGACCUGGUGUUAAGGAAAGAUCUGAAAGAAGAACAAAGGCUGCCUUUUCCCUUAGAGGGGGACUAAUGAAGCAUCUAGGAGCCUGAAGGGGUUUCAGCUGCUGGAUACUGGAUAGUUAAAAUGUGGAAAUUUAAGGUGACAUGCUGAUUGGGCUGUUAUCAUGGUCAAUAUCCUGUUUACAACUAAAGGGUAAUUUGUGAUCAGCCAUUCAUAAGAACUUCGUAUUGUUAGGUGGUGCUUAAAUUUUAGUAAAAUGGGCAAGUUGAAGGAAAAUCUGCCACUGCUUGUGGCAUCACUGUUUCAAUCUGCUACUUAAUACCACAAAUCGGCUUUUACUGCACUCCAGAGGUGGACCUUUCUGGUUACACAACAUGGGUGGCCCUUAACAUCAAUUUAGCUUUUAUUGCUUGACCUCUGCACCGCUGCAAGUCUGUGAGAACAGGAGGCCCGCAAGCCUGUCAAGGAUGGAGAAAAAGGGUGAAUAUUGCUCAGAAUGGCAACACAGUAGCGGGGAUAGCCUAGCAGAUGGAAAAUAGUACAUGAACAUUCACUGCACAAAUGGUAUGGCAUUUUUUUAAAUUCAAAUGUUGUGUACAGCUGUCUAAAGUGUUUUUACACUGCUUUUCAUUAGGCAUUGUCAGUGAUCCAGAUAGUUAUUAUAAGAAUGUAAAAUGCCAUGCAGCAGUCUAAAUAUGACCAUGAACUGUAUGUGUUGAGACAUUUUCUUGUAGAGUUGCACCCUUUUAUUUCCAUAAAUGCCGGCCGAGGGUGAUUAAAGGAGUUAUUUCUGGAUCAAUGGCUUUUUUCCCUUCUGUCUUCAUAUGAUACAGUACAGAACAAUUCCCAAAACAAAAAGGCAGGAGUUCUAACAUUUUUUUUCCAAACCUACUGUAUAUGGCUUGCCUUUAUGUAUAUCUUUAAAGCUUUAUUUACUUUUAUAAACGCUUCUGUAAAAUUUUAAAGGUGUCAUACCUAGAUUAGGAGGGGAGUAAUUUAUUUGUCUUUGUUCUUUUAAGGUUUGAGGAAAUUGCUUGUACUUUAUUUGACGUUAAGAGGAUAUCCUGCAAAUACUGGACUGGGAAUAAAAUGGAGGAAAGCAGUGAAGUUAACAUCCUUUUUAAGAUUAUGUAGUAGCUUCCGAAAUGAAUUAUAAAGUUUGUUAGAUUACCAGUGUUUACGUUCUGAUUACAAUAACGUCUUCCUUCAAUGUAUCUUGACUGUGAGACCUGUCGCUUCACCCUGGACUGCAAUGGAGAAGGAUUACACUUCAGCUGUGGUAGAGAACUGCCCAAUUCUGAUGGGAUUGAAGUACUGAAAUAGACCUGUUAAAACAGCCUGAUUGAAGAACAGCUGCAGAGAGACAUUUGUUGCUUUUGUUUUCCCUUUUUGGACAAUAUAAAGGGUGUUAUGGUGCUAUUUGUCUUGCAAAUCCUGAUGUGCAUGGUCAUUUUUUUCCCUGUGGAUUGGAACAAGGUCAUUUAGUCCAUCUUGCUCAUCAUAGUUUCUGCUAAUAUGAAGAUCCAAGAAUCACAAUAAGACAUUUUUCCUGUUUUCUGCCAUGAUUGUUUGCAAAUUUUUGCCCCAGUUCUCAUGAUGCAGAUAUAAACAUCUAACAGUCUGUUAUGAGAAAGUAGCAAGAGAGUCUGUGGCAACCUGGGGUCUCUAGUGAAACAACUGGGGUGCAAGGGGGGAUAACGCACCGGAUGGCCAGUCCAUGGCAGGGCUCACUCAAACACAGAUGGACAAAUUAGAGACACUAACCUUGCCAGCACCUUCUGGACAGUAGCCAGAGCGUGUGAAGGAUGUGACCCCAGAAAGAGCAUGGAGCAGACAAUCACCACGCCACUUUGGUGGCCUGUUCGAUCUGUGCUUUAUUGUAGUAGUGCAGGAGACCCAUCGAUUGUGUAGAUAUCAUCACCAGUUUAUGAUAAUGAGACGGCUGCCAGCUGCUGAUGCAAGGCCUGUUCAGGCUCCUGAGAGGGUCUACACACAUUAAGCGUCUUCCAACCUUACACGGAUAAAAUAUGUGCCUGGAUUAUCAGUGUUUGGAUUCACUGAUUGUGAUGUAAAAACAUGCAGUAUUUGAUUCACCCUCACUCUGUCCAACAACAUAAACACAUCAAUAUACACCAUGCACAUUUUCUCAAGUGGAUCUCGUCUCAUGUGCAUCUCUUUCUCUACUUCAUGAUUCUGCAAUAUUAU